AUGGCGGACCAAAAUAUUUCUCAGUACAAAUACUCGGCGAUGUCCAACCUGGUUCUCCAGGCGGACCGUCGUUUCAUUUCUCGCGUCAACGAUGAAGCCACCGGCGACCCGGAGUCCCUCGCAGGUCGCAUUGGAAUCCGGGAAAUGGGCUCCAGAGUGGCUCGUGACAAUGCACCGAAGACAAAGAAGAAGGCCGCGGGGCCGAUGGAGAUCGAACGAGGCGCUAUUCGAGAGGGCGAGGAUGUGCUCGCGCGCGAGCAGAAAAAACGUCAGCGUGGCCAACCGGCACAAUUACGGGGACAGGGCAUCCUAUCCGCCGCCGAUGCCCUCGUCGAAGGCCUGAAGUACCGUCCUCGCACCCCUGCCACCCGCGCAACCUACGAUCUCAUCCUCACCAUGACCGCGGGUCACCUCGGCGAUGUCCCUCACGAAGUCGUUCGGAGCGCUGCCGACGCCGUGCUGGAGCUGCUGAAGGACGAAGAAAUGAAGGAUUUCGAUAAGAAAAAGGAAAUCGACGACUUGCUUGGUAGCUCGAUGAACCCCAAGGAGUUCAACGAAUUGGUGAACCUUGGGAAGAAAAUUACAGACUACGAUGCACAGGACGAAGAUGAAGAUAUGGGUGGCGGCCUGGAGGGCGAGGGUGAAGGCGAGCUCGAUGAACGCCAAGGUGUCGCUGUCGUGUUCGACGAAGAAGACGAAGACGAAGACCGCAUGGGUACAGUCGACGAAGUGCGCGAUGAGGACGAAUCAGAGGAGGAAGAAGCAGAUCAACAGGACAUGGAAGACACAACGGCAGAGAAGGCAGAUCUUGAAGGCCUUGAAGACACCGAGGAAAUGGUCAUAGAUGGUGGCGUCGGUCGUGACGACGAUCGCGGAGCCAAGGGACUUACGAUACCUGCUCGGGAAAUCGAUGCCUACUGGCUCCAACGUCAAAUUGGAAACGCCUAUUCCGAUGCCCAUAUACAGCAUGAGAAGGCUACCCAGGCCCUCGACAUUCUCGGUGGAAAAGGAGAGGAUGGCGAAGAGAAGCCGCUACGUGAGGUCGAAAACGACCUGAUGGAACUCUUCGAUUACGAUCAUCCUGAUCUGGUCGCCAAACUGGUCACGAACCGCGAUAAGAUUGUCUGGGUGACGCGUUGGCGACGAGUGGCUGAAGACGCAGAUGCCCGGAAUCUAGUCGAAAGUGAAAUGGUCGAAGCUGGACAUCGCGCCAUCCUUGAUGAGAUUCGCGGAAAGACUGCCCGUGGAGAGACCGGCAGACCGGAGAAGAAGAUCAAGCUUGACUUGAUGGACGUCGAUGUACCCAGUGCACCCCAACCAGAACAGAAGCAAGCCGACGGUGAACUCGUUCGCGGCCUGCAGCCCAAGAGACUUAUCAAUCUCGAGAACCUCGUUUUCCAUCAGGGUAACCAUCUCAUGACGAACCCCAACGUCAAGCUCCCUCAAGGUUCUACGAAGCGGACAUUUAAGGGUUACGAGGAGAUUCACGUCCCACCUCCGAAGGCUAAGCGAGACCCCGGAGAGAAGCUCAUUCCGACAACCGAAUUGCCUGACUGGGCUCGCCCUGGUUUCGGUAGCUCAAAGGAGCUCAACCGUAUCCAGACCAAGUGUUACCCGACAGCUUUCCAUGACGAUGGUAAUAUGUUGGUCUGUGCUCCUACGGGUUCCGGAAAGACCAACGUUGCUAUGCUCACUAUUCUCCGCGAGAUUGGGAAAAACCGCAAUCCGGAGACCGGUCAAAUCAUGCUUGAUGACUUCAAGAUUAUCUACAUCUCUCCUCUGAAAGCCUUGGUCCAGGAGCAAGUCGGAAACCUUGGCAAACGUCUCGAGCCAUACGGUAUCCGAGUCUCUGAAUUGACUGGUGACCGUCAGCUCACGAAGCAGCAAAUCGCUGAAACCCAGGUUAUUGUAACCACCCCGGAGAAGUACGACGUUAUCACAAGAAAAGCAUCGGAAACCAGUUACACCAGGCUUGUCCACCUCCUGAUCAUCGACGAGAUUCAUUUGCUUCACGACGAGCGUGGCCCUGUCAUUGAGAGCAUUGUCAGCAGGACAAUCCGCAAGGGCGAGCAAACUGGAGAACCUGUUCGUAUCGUCGGUCUGAGUGCCACUCUCCCCAACUAUCGCGAUGUCGGAAACUUCUUGCGAGUGGACCCUGUCAAGGGUCUCUUCCAUUUCGAUGGAUCUUUCAGGCCAUGCCCGUUGAAGCAGGAGUUCAUCGGUGUUACGGACAAAAAGGCCAUCAAGCAGCUCAAGACGAUGAACGACAUUUGUUACAAUAAAGUCAUGGAACAAGUCGGCCAGCGCAGGAACCAGAUGCUGAUCUUCGUCCACUCCCGGAAGGAGACUGCUAAGACCGCCAAGUACAUCAGGGAUAAGGCUCUGGAGAUGGAAACUAUCGGCCAGAUCCUUCGAAGCGACGCUGCGAGCAGGGCUAUCUUGUCGGAAGAAGCCGAAUCGGUCGACGACCCAUCGCUCAAGGACCUGUUGCCUUAUGGAUUCGGUAUCCAUCAUGCUGGACUGAGUCUUGCUGAUCGUGAUUCAGUUCAGGCCCUCUUCGCUGAUGGCAGUCUCCAGGUUCUGGUCUGCACGGCCACUCUGGCCUGGGGUGUUAACCUUCCCGCACAUACCGUCAUCAUCAAGGGUACUCAGAUCUACUCCCCAGAAAAGGGUAGCUGGGUCGAGCUCAGUCCGCAGGAUGUUCUCCAAAUGUUGGGACGUGCUGGACGACCCCAGUACGACACGUUUGGUGAAGGUAUUAUCAUCACCUCGCAGACAGAGAUCCAAUAUUACCUCUCCUUGAUGAACCAGCAAUUGCCAAUCGAGAGUCAGCUUAUGAGCAAGCUGGCUGACAACAUGAAUGCCGAAAUCGUUCUCGGAAACAUUCGCACUCGUGAUGAAGGUGUGGACUGGCUUGGUUAUACAUAUCUCUUCGUCCGUAUGCUCCGUUCUCCAGGUCUGUACAGUGUUGGUGCAGACUAUGAAAACGACGAUGCCCUGGAGCAGAAGCGUGUCGACCUCGUUCACUCAGCGGCGACGAUCUUGGAGAGAGCUGGACUUGUCAAGUACGAGAAGAAGACUGGUCGCCUACAGUCGACUGAGUUGGGACGCAUUGCAUCCCACUACUACAUCGGCCACAACUCGAUGCUGACCUAUUCGCAACACCUUCAACCUUCCAUCACGACCAUCGAAUUGUUCCGCAUCUUCGCACUCAGCGAUGAGUUCAAGUACAUCCCAGUUCGUCAGGAUGAGAAGCUUGAGCUGGCCAAGCUGUUGGGCCGUGUACCCGUUCCCGUCAAAGAGGGUAUUGAUGAGCCCCACUCGAAGAUCAACGUCCUUCUGCAAGCUUAUAUCUCGCGACUUAAGCUAGAAGGUCUCGCUUUAAUGGCCGACAUGGUCUACGUCACCCAGUCGGCUGGUCGUAUCUUGCGCGCGAUCUUUGAGAUUUCAUUGAAGAAGGGUUGGUCAUCCGUUGCGAAGACUGCACUUGAUCUCUGCAAGAUGGCCGAGAGACGCAUGUGGCCGACAAUGACGCCUCUCCGACAGUUCCCUAACUGCCCUAGGGACAUCAUGCAGAAGGCUGAGCGAAUCGAUGUGCCCUGGUCGAGUUACUUUGACCUUGAUCCUCCCCGUAUGGGUGAGCUCCUGGGUAUGCCCAAGGCUGGACGUGUUGUCUGUGAUCUUGUCUCCAAGUUCCCUCGUCUGGAAGUUCAGGCUCAGGUGCAGCCCAUCACCCGGUCCAUGCUUCGUGUUGAGUUGACCAUCACUCCAAACUUUGUGUGGGAUGAGUCCAUCCAUGGAAAUGCGCAGGACUUCUGGAUCUUGGUUGAAGACUGUGACGGUGAAGAAAUUCUGUUCCAUGACCAGUUCCUGCUCCGGAGAGAUUAUGCUGAGGCUGAGAUGAACGAACACCUCGUCGAAUUCACUGUCCCUAUCACCGAGCCGAUGCCUCCGAACUACUUCAUCUCUCUUGUUUCCGACCGCUGGAUGCACUCGGAGACUAAGAUCGCUGUGUCAUUCCAGAAGUUGAUCCUUCCCGAGCGCUUCCCCCCGCACACCCCUCUGUUGGACAUGCAGAGAGCCCCCGUCAAGGCCCUCAAGCGUGAGGAGUACCAGCAACUGUACCCUGACUGGCAGGUGUUCAACAAGAUCCAAACACAGACAUUCAAGUCGCUCUUCGACACCGAUGACAAUGUCUUCGUCGGUGCGCCAACAGGCAGUGGUAAAACCGUUUGCGCUGAGCUUGCUUUGUUGCGUCACUGGUCCCAAGAGGGUAGUGGUCGGGCAGUCUACGUGGCUCCCUUCCAGGAGCUAGUUGAUCUUCGUCUUGCUGACUGGGAAAAGCGCUUGAGCAAAUUGGCUGGUGGCAAGAAUAUUGUUAAGCUCACUGGCGAAACGACGGCGGAUCUCAAGCUUCUGGAGCGGGCCGACUUGGUGCUGGCCACUCCCACACAGUGGGACGUUCUGUCAAGACAAUGGCAACGACGCAAGAAUGUUCAGACUGUCCAGUUGUUCAUCGCGGAUGAGCUUCAUAUGAUCGGAGGUUAUGGCGGUUAUGUCUAUGAAGUGGUCGUCUCCCGCAUGCACUCGAUUGCGCUCCAGCUCGAGAACGGCAUGCGCAUUGUUGGCCUGAGUGUACCCCUUGCUAAUGCGCGCGACAUUGGAGAGUGGAUUGGUGCCAACAAACACACCAUCUACAACUUCAGUCCCCACGCCCGUCCAGUCCCUCUUGAACUCCAUCUCCAAUCCUUCACCAUUCCUCACUUUCCCUCUCUCAUGCUGGCGAUGGCUCGUCCUGCCUAUCUUUCCGUCCUGCAAUUGUCGCCGGAUAAGCCAGCGAUUGUGUUCGUGCCCAAUCGCAAGCAGACUCGUGCCACAGCCAUUGACAUCCUAACUGCCUGCGCUACGGACGAUGAUGAAGAUCGGUUCCUCCACGCGGACGUUAAUGAGCUUGCUCCUCUUCUUGAACGGGUUCAAGAACGGACGUUGGCUGAAUCGUUGUCUCAUGGUAUUGGGUACUAUCACGAGGCGCUGAGUGCCACGGAUAAGAAGAUCGUUUCGCACCUUUUCACCAUCGGUGCGAUCCAAGUGUUGCUUGCUUCUCGUGACGUUUGCUGGGAACUGAACUUGACAGCACAUUUGGUGAUUGUCAUGGGCACCCAAUUCUUCGAGGGUCGUGAACAUCGCUAUAUUGACUACCCGAUCAGCGAGAUUCUACAAAUGUUUGGCAAGGCUUCGCGCCCGGGUGAAGACAAAAUUGGGCGCGGUGUUCUCAUGGUACCCGCUGUGAAGCGUGAGUAUUACAAGAAAUUCCUCAACGAAGCGCUUCCAGUGGAGAGCCAUCUGCAGGCCUAUCUGCACGAUGCGUUCGUGACCGAAAUUAGCACCAGGACGAUCUCUUCUACUCAAGACGCUGUGGACUGGAUGACGUAUACCUACUUCUACCGUCGUCUGCUCGCCAAUCCCAGCUUCUACGGUCUUACUGACGUUAGUCAUGAGGGUCUAAGCACGUUCCUGUCGGAGCUUGUGGAGAACACGCUGAAGGAGCUGUCCGAGGCUAAGAUCAUUGAUCUGGAUGAGGAAGAUGAUAGCGUCUCGCCUCUUAAUGCUGCCAUGAUUGGUGCCUACUACAACAUCUCCUUCAUCACCAUGCAGACGUUCCUUCUCUCCUUGUCUGCCCGGACCAAGCUCAAGGGUAUCUUGGAGAUCAUCACAUCGGCCACUGAGUUCGAGUCGAUCCAGAUGCGUCGCCAUGAGGACCACAUCCUGCGCCGCGUGUACGACCGAGUACCUGUUAAGAUGUCUCAGACAGCCUACGACUCGCCACACUUCAAAGCGUUCGUCCUCCUGCAGGCUCACUUCUCGCGCAUGCAGUUGCCCAUUGACCUUGCCAAGGAUCAAGAGGUCAUUGUCAGCAAGGUUCUCAACCUUCUCAGCGCAUGUGUGGAUGUUCUGUCUUCGGAGGGUCAUCUCAAUGCCAUGAAUGCCAUGGAGAUGUCUCAAAUGGUCGUCCAGGCUAUGUGGGAUCGGGAUAGUCCUCUUAAGCAGAUUCCUCACUUUGGUCCAGAGGCUAUCAAGGUGGCCAACGAGUAUAACAUCAACGACAUCUUCGAGUUCAUGGAGGCCAUGGACCCGUCUGAGAAUAAGGACUACGGUACUCUGGUCAAGCGGCUGGGUCUGGACAACAAGCAGCUUGCCCAAGCAGCUGCCUUUACCAAUGAGAAAUACCCCAACAUCGAGCUUGACUUCCAGGUGGAGGAUCCCGAGAAUAUCACGUCUGGCGAGCCUGCGUACUUGAAGAUUAAGAUCGAACGCGAGGUCGAAGAGGACGAGGAACCUGACACGACUGUCCACGCUCCCUUCUAUCCCGGCAAGAAGAUGGAGAACUGGUGGUUGGUUGUGGGAGAUGAGAAGACGAAGAACUUGCUGGCCAUCAAGCGGGUUACUAUUGGACGCAAGUUGGAUCUGCGUUUGGAGUACAUCGUGCCUACGCCGGGUGAGCAUGAGUUGACGCUCUACCUGAUGAGUGACAGCUAUGUUGGAGUGGACCAGGCUCCUACGUUUACUGUGACAGCGGCGGAGGGCAUGGAGGAGGAUGAGAGUGAGGAAGAAGAGGAGGUGCUUCUUGGUGCCCCUCGGCGUUCGAGCGCCAUCCCCAACUCAUCAGGGACCUUGGCGGUGUACACCCAAACGUCAUAUUCUUUCGAGUCGCACUCCAAGACAAAUGAAAUCAAGGUCCUCGAUAUUGCCACCGGCCGUUCUGCUCUCAUUUGCAAUGAUCCCGGCGCCAGUUCCCCGCAGUGGUUGGACAACAGCGACCAGCUGGUCUGGUUGAAAACAAAGGCGAAUGGCAACACGAGCUUUAUCGUCGGGCAUGCGCGAGAAGUCGAUAAGACUUAUACGGCUGGAACAGUCCCAGGACCGGUGUCGGAUUUGAAGGUGACCGUCAUUGAACCGGGAAAGAUCGGCUUUGCAGUCACAGGUAAGGCCAACCCGGACGGGUCUCUCUUCAACCCGCAUGACGCCAAGAAGCCGCACAGCACGGGACGGUUGUAUAACUCGCUUUUUGUGAGACAUUGGGACUCUUACAUUGAGCCCCAGAAGAAUGCAAUUUUCUACGGCUUGCUCCAGCGCAUGCCAGUCAACCCGGCUACUCGGAAUUCGGGGAAGUACUCCGUCUCAGGGUUGACGAACCUGAUCUCUGUCUGCGGGCUGACUGGGGUGGAGUCGCCAAUUCCUCCGUUCGGAGGCACGGGUGAUUUUGAUAUCAGUCCGUCGGCAAUUGUCUUCGUGGCGAAAGAUCCGAAGCUGAAUCCGGCAACGCACACUUCUUGCUCAUGCUAUUACUGCCCGAUGUUCUCCUGGACGAGUAUGAACGAGAUCAAGACGAAGGUACAUGCUAUGAAGGGCCUGGAAGGGGCCAUGUCAUCGCCUGUCCUUUCAUCCGACGGAAGCGCGAUUGCCCUUCUAGCGAUGCGCGAGGAUGGUUACGAAUCCGACAAAAACAGAAUCCUAUACGUACCCAACCCCUGGAACGGAGAGAUGAUAGAAAUAUUCGCGUCUCCUGAUGGCGAAGGUCUUUGGCCUCUCAGCCCUUACGGUCUGACCUUCUCCAAUGAUGACCAAUCCCUGUUCGUCCAGGUUGAGGAGCACGGCCGAGGAGUGGUCUAUCAAUUGCCGCUCUCUAAUAUCCGGCACUCCACCCCGGAUAUACUUAAGAAGCUUACCCACUCGGGUCACGUGAACGAUGUAUAUCCUGCGACUAGCGACUCCUCUUCCAAACUGCUCAUUUCGAGCAACAGCUUGUUGGAUAACAGCGUGUGGUCGAUCAUCGAUACCGAACACCCAUCCGAUAUCCGUGUGAUUUCAUCCCUUGGCCGCGGUGGCGCUACCUUUGGACUGUCACCCGCCCAAGUUGACGAAAUAUGGUAUAGGGGUGCUGAAGACCACCCUAUCCACGCAUGGGUAGUGAAGCCAUCCGAUUUCAAACCUGGCAACAAAUAUCCACUAGCGUAUCUGAUUCAUGGCGGGCCCCAAGGAGCAUGGAAUGACCAAUGGAGUACUCGUUGGAACCCUGCGGUCUUCGCCGAGCAAGGAUAUGUCGUCAUCACGCCCAAUCCAAGAGGCAGCACCGGGUAUGGACAGCCCUUCACUGAUGCCAUUAGAGGCUCCUGGGGCGGGCUGCCCUAUAUCGAUAUCGAAAAGGGGUUCGACUUUAUUGAACAAAACUUGGACUACGUCGAUACCACUCGAGCCGUGGCACUCGGGGCUUCGUAUGGCGGAUACAUGAUGAACUGGAUUCAGGGUCAUCCGCUCGGCCGUCGCUUCAAAGCCCUCGUCACGCACGAUGGUGUUUUCAGUAUGCAUUCGAUGAUGAGCAGUGAGGAAAUGUACUUCCCUCUGCAUGAUCUUCAGGGUCCACUUUGGAAAGUUCCCGAGAACUGGGACCGGUGGGACCCGUCUCGCUUUACGGAGCACUGGCAGACACCUCAUUUGAUCAUCCACAACGAACUAGACUAUCGGUUGACGAUCGCUGAGGGUCUUGCGGCGUUCAACGUUCUGCAGAUGCGCGGAGUGGAGAGUCAGUUUCUUACUUUCCCCGACGAGAACCAUUGGGUGCUGAACCCCGAGAAUGCGCUUAUGUGGCAUAAUACGGUUUUCAACUGGAUCAACAAGCAUGUUGGAUUGCCUCAAGUGACUGAUCAAUCUAGCUAG